UCUUUGCUGAAUCAUGCAAUAGUCUCCGAGGAGAAAAUGGGGGAUACAUCGACUGGUCUUGAAGGACGCAGUCCUGUCUCCUCUCUUUUGUUCUUUUUCUUCCCCUGCUUUUGGCCUCUAAGUGGCCUUUGUACGCCAGAAUGAGACUUCAAGUCCCGGCAGGCCACGAGCCGCGCGCACGCGUGGUUGGAGAUGCUCGGCCACGCCGCAGGAGGAGGGCUGAUGGUUUAGCAUUUGAUUGGUCGGGUGUUUUAUGAGCUUUUUCGCUGAUUGGCUGAGAUUGCUGCCGGAAAGGUCCCAGCCCGGAGAUGGAAGAGCAGAGGCGUUCUAUGUGCUGGCUGGAAAGCCUCAUCUCUCAAAUAGCGUCGUCCUGACCCCUAAGCCAGGAGGCAUCUAACCACAGCCUGUCCUCUCCUACUCUGUCUAGCAUUGCAUGCACUCGAUAUUAACAAGACACGGAGAGUGGUUCACGCUCGGGAGUCAGGGAAGAGAGUGACCAGUCCUGGGCCUUCCCCUCCUACCCUGCGAGCAGAACUCCAGCCCUAGGGAGUGGGCAGGGCCUCUUGCCGCGCCUCACGCCCUGCUUUCCCCCUCCUUCAGCGUUGUCUGCUAGCUGCUUUUCCUGCUCUCUCUCCCUGGAGACGAACGCUUGAGCCCGAGAUGGCAGCCACCCUGCUCAUGGCUGGGUCCCAGAUGAGACUUAAUGCCAUUGCCUUCUCGACAUUUCUAACCAUGUCUCUAAUUUCAAGAAGAAGAGCUGGUCCUAAGCUCCCAGAUACCAAGUAGUCAGUUGUGUGAUUUCAGGCCCCUGUGACAUUUGAAGAUAUGGCCAUGUACCUCACCCGGGAAGAAUGGAGACCCUUGGAUCCUACACAAAGAGAUCUUUACAGGGAUGUGAUGCAGGAGAAUUACAGAAAUGUCGUCUCCCUGGACUUUGAGAUCAGGAGCGAGAAUGAAGCGAACCCGAAACAGGAGUUUAGCGAAGACGUGGAAUUUGUAACCAUGGCUGAAGAGCCGAUUGAGACCGCCGCCGAGAAGAAUGGCGAAAGCGAAGAGGCCUUUGAAAGCGGAGACAGGCCAGAAAGACAGUGGGGAGAUCUGACGGCGGAGGAGUGGGUAAGCUACCCUCUCCAGCAAGUCACCGACCUGCUUGUCCACAAAGAAGGCCACACGGGCAUCCGCUAUCACAUAUGUUCUCAGUGUGGGAAGGCCUUCAGUCAGAUUUCAGACCUCAACCGCCACCAGAAAACCCACACGGGAGACCGACCCUAUAAGUGUUACGAGUGCGGCAAGGGCUUCAGCCGCAGCUCCCACCUCAUCCAGCACCAGAGGACGCACACGGGCGAGCGGCCCUACGACUGCCACGAGUGCGGCAAGAGCUUCGGCCGGAGCUCUCACCUCAUCCAGCACCAGACCAUCCACACGGGCGAGAAGCCGCACAAGUGUACCGAGUGCGGGAAGAGCUUCUGCCGCCUCUCCCACCUCAUCCAGCACCAGCGGACGCACAGCGGCGAGAAGCCGUACGAGUGCGAGGAGUGCGGGAAGAGCUUCAGCCGGAGCUCCCACCUGGCCCAGCAUCAGAGGACGCACACGGGCGAGAAGCCUUACGGCUGCAACGAGUGCGGGCGCGGCUUCAGCGAGAGGUCCGACCUCAUCAAGCACUACCGCGUCCACACGGGCGAGAGGCCCUACAAGUGCGACGAGUGCGGGAAGAAUUUCAGCCAGAACUCCGACCUGGUGCGGCACCGCAGGGCCCACACCGGGGAGAAGCCGUACCACUGCAACGAGUGCGGGGAGAACUUCAGCCGCGUCUCCCACCUGGUCCAGCACCAGCGGACUCACACCGGGGAGAAGCCGUACGAGUGCACCGCCUGCGGGAAGAGCUUCAGCCGCAGCUCCCACCUCAUCACGCACCAGAAGAUCCACACCGGCGAGAAGCCGUACGAGUGCAACGAGUGUUGGCGAAGCUUCGGGGAGAGGUCGGAUCUGAUCAAACACCAGAGAACCCACACGGGAGAGAAGCCCUACGAGUGUGUGCAGUGCGGGAAAGGCUUCACGCAGAGCUCUAACCUCAUCACGCACCAGAGAGUUCACACAGGAGAGAAGCCUUACGAAUGUACCGAGUGUGACAAGAGUUUCAGCCGGAGCUCAGCGCUGAUUAAACACAAGAGGGUUCAUACCGACUAAGCCCAGCUGUGGUCCUGAGUAAGAAAUGAGACAUCCGAAGGUCAGGUUAGAUAUCGGCGAGCUUCCUUAGGGCCACAGUUUGAAAACAAGAAAGAAGACAACCCUUUUGAAAUUCCGACUUACAGCUUCAGGGAUGCUCUCCCUUCCUCCAAAA